CCCGUCGACAUAACCUAGAGGAACUAGGAGGAGUAUGGCAGGUCACACACUGCUGUCUUAUUCCUUCAUGAAAGAGGAACCAAUUGAUUUGAAUGAUGUUGUGACCUCGAUCGGAAGCCAAGAUUCUUUUAAGUGUCAGGAAAACUUUCCAGAUUCUGAAUUCCUUUGUUCUGACCGGGGAAAAGCAGAAAGCACUGCGAGGGAUAGCAACAAAGAAACAACAACAAAGCAAGAAACACCUCAUUUUAUGAGUGUGACACAUGCAACGUCAGAGGCUGCAUUCAUGUUUGACAAUUCUAAAGUGCACUGCCGUAACCUGGACACUCUUAACCUGAACACAAUUUUGAAAAUUGAAGAAAUGGAUACGGAUGAUUUCAAAGCUUAUGGACGCAUUCUCAAUGAUGACAUUGGCUUCAAACAGCGGGUGAAAACAAAUAUGCUGCAGCUCCAGGGGCAUAGACAGGAAGCAAGAAAAUGUUCCAGAAAUUUUCUUAAGCCCCGAGCAAUGAUGAAAAUUGCCAAAAAUUAUGCAGAACUUUAUUCCAGAGAUGUUCUUCUUCCAUCUCCUUACCCAAGAUUCAGAGAUUCUAUAGUAAUUCAAUGCCCAGCUUGCACAAUGCCAAGAGACCAGAGCAGGCAUUCUGCAUUUCUUGAACUUCUUCUUCAUGUAAUGGAAAGGCAUUCUGGUUGCGCUGAUUCAGUCUUCUAUAAAAUAGGACGGACAUAUGCGUCCUUCAUAGAAGGCUUGAAAGUGAAAAUCCUUAAAAAAUUAAGGAAUCGACAAUCUAAAAGAUUGAGUAGGUUGUAAUUAUUGACAGACGGAUUGUGAUUUUAU